AGGAUCUGACGUGGGCUUGAUACCUUUCUCAGCUUCUCCCUCCCGCAGCUCCAGUGCCCGAGCUUCGGCUCUCCCAGUUCCCCAACCCACCCCUUCCCCUCCCCGACAAUCCCCGCUAGAGCCCAGUGGGGAACCCCCCGAUCCUCGACCCCACCCUAAGCCCCCAGAAGCUGCCUUCUCCUCCCCAGUCCCUUAGCUUGGGGUCCAGCCAGCCCGGUGGACCCAGGCGCCUAAGCAGGAGGGUAACCCAGGCCACCCGGCCCCUUCGGCCCUCUCGGCCCCACCCCCUGCAGCCGGAGCCGCGCCCCCUCUACCACAGAGCCGGGAGACGAGGACAGAGGAGACUGAGCAAAGGGGGGUGGGCUCCAGGCGACCCCUAGCCCAAUUCUGCCCCUCUAUCCCCAGGGGCAGAGAAAUUGUCUUUCUUUGCUGACUCCUACCAGGAAAAAAAAAAAAAAAAGAAUUAAAGGGAAAGAUAAUCGGAGACGGAGGAAAGGUGGCAGCCAGAUUACUUAGAGAGGCACAGAGGAGAGAGAUCGGGGUGAGUCGCCAUGGGGACUCCCAGGGCCCAGCACCCGCCGCCUCCCCAGCUGCUGUUCCUAAUUCUGCUGAGCUGUCCCUGGAUCCAGGGUCUGCCCCUGAAGGAGGAGGAGAUAUUCCCAGAGCCUGGAAGUGAGACCCCCACGGUGGCCUCUGAGGCCCUGGCUGAACUGCUCCAUGGGGCCCUGCUGAGGAGGGGCCCAGAGAUGGGCUACCUGCCGGGAUCUGAUCCGGACCCCACGCUAGCCACCCCUCCGGCCGGCCAGACUCUCACAGUGCCCUCCCUGCCACGGGCCACUGAGCCGGGGACAGGGCCUCUGACAACAGCCGUCACCCCUAAGGGGGUCAGGGGGGCAGGCCCCACCGCGCCAGAGCUGCUGACCCCGCCCCCAGGAACCACAGCCCCACCCCCACCCAGCCCUGCUUCCCCAGGGCCUCCCCUUGGGCCUGAGGGAGGAGAGGAGGAGACCACGACCACCAUCAUCACCACGACAACUGUUACCACUACGGUGACCAGCCCAGUUCUAUGUAAUAACAACAUCUCCGAGGGCGAAGGGUAUGUGGAGUCUCCAGAUCUGGAGAGCCCCGCCAGCCGCACCUUGGGGCUCCUGGACUGCACUUACAGCAUCCAUGUCUAUCCUGGCUACGGCAUUGAGAUCCAGGUGCAGACGCUGAACCUGUCGCAGGAGGAGGAGCUUCUGGUGCUGGCUGGUGGGGGAUCCCCAGGCCUGGCCCCCCGACUCCUGGCCAACUCGUCCAUGCUUGGAGAAGGACAAGUCCUUCGGAGCCCAACCAACCGGCUGCUUCUGCACUUCCAGAGCCCACGGGUCCCAAGGGGCGGUGGCUUCAGGAUCCACUAUCAGGGUGAGGAGUUUGAGGGUGCUGCUGGAAGGGCAGGGGCCAUACUGCAUACAGAGGACAUCUUUAUUUAUUUAUUUAUUUAUUCUCCUGGUCACGAUUCUGUCCAUCCCAGGCUGAUGGUGCGCUCAGGGGGCAGCCCCCUAUCCCCCGUGAUCUAUGAUUCAGACAUGGACGAUGUCCCUGAGCGGGGUCUCAUCAGUGACGCCCAGUCCCUCUAUGUGGAGCUGCUGUCAGAGACACCUGCCAAUCCCCUGCUGUUAAGCCUCCGAUUUGAAGCCUUUGAGGAGGAUCGCUGCUUCGCCCCCUUCCUGGCUCAUGGAAACGUCACUACCACGGACCCUGAGUAUCGCCCAGGGGCACUGGCAACCUUCUCGUGCCUCCCAGGAUAUGCCCUGGAGCCCCCUGGACCCCCCAAUGCCAUCGAAUGUGUGGAUCCCACAGAACCCCACUGGAACGACACAGAGCCGGCCUGCAAAGCCAUGUGUGGAGGGGAGCUGUCGGAGCCAGCUGGUGUGGUCCUCUCUCCCGACUGGCCCCAGAGCUAUAGCCCGGGCCAGGACUGCGUGUGGGGCCUACACGUCCAGGAAGAGAAGCGCAUCUUGCUCCAAGUUGAGAUAUUGAAUGUGCGGGAAGGGGACAUGCUGACACUGUUCGACGGGGACGGUCCCAGCGCCCGAGUCUUGGCCCAGCUGCGGGGACCUCAACCGCGCCGCCGUCUCCUCUCCUCUGGGCCCGACCUCACACUGCAGUUUCAGGCACCGCCCGGGCCCCCAAAUCCAGGCCUGGGCCAGGGCUUCGUAUUGCACUUCAAAGAGGUCCCAAGGAACGACACGUGCCCCGAGCUGCCACCUCCGGAGUGGGGCUGGAGGACGGCAUCCCACGGGGACCUGAUCCGGGGCACGGUGCUCACCUACCAGUGCGAGCCUGGCUACGAGCUGCUAGGCUCCGACAUUCUCACUUGCCAGUGGGACCUCUCUUGGAGCGCCGCGCCGCCAGCCUGCCAAAAGAUCAUGACUUGUGCUGACCCUGGCGAGAUUGCCAACGGGCACCGCACCGCCUCGGACGCUGGCUUCCCCGUUGGCUCCCACGUCCAGUACCGCUGCCUGCCAGGGUACAGCCUCGAGGGGGCAGCCAUGCUCACCUGCUACAGCCGGGACACAGGCACACCCAAGUGGAGCGACAGGGUCCCCAAAUGCGCCUUGAAGUACGAGCCGUGCCUGAACCCAGGGGUUCCCGAGAAUGGCUACCAGACGCUGUACAAGCACCACUACCAGGCGGGCGAGUCUCUGCGCUUCUUCUGCUAUGAGGGCUUUGAGCUUAUCGGCGAGGUCACCAUCACCUGUGUGCCCGGCCACCCCUCCCAGUGGACCAGCCAGCCCCCACUCUGCAAAGUUGCCUAUGAGGAGCUCCUGGACAACCGAAAACUGGAAGUGACCCAGACCACAGAUCCAUCACGGCAGCUGGAAGGGGGGAACCUGGCCCUGGCCAUCUUGCUGCCUCUAGGCUUGGUCAUUGUUCUCGGCAGUGGCGUUUACAUAUACUACACCAAGCUUCAGGGAAAGUCCCUUUUUGGCUUCUCCGGCUCCCACUCCUACAGCCCUAUCACCGUGGAGUCGGACUUCAGCAACCCGCUGUAUGAAGCUGGGGAUACGCGGGAGUAUGAAGUUUCCAUCUGAACCCCAAGACUACAGCUGCAGGAGCCAGGACGCCCCUUCCCUCCUCAUUCGGGCCGGGGGAAGUACGGGACCCGGUCUCUGCCUCCUGGCUGCCCUCCUCCCUGGCUGUGUAAAUAGUCUGCCCGUCCCAUGAGGGGGCUUUGAUGGCCCUGGAGAUCCUACAGUAAAUAAACCAGCAUCCUGCCGCCCAAAGCCGCCUCUUCUCAGUUGCCAAACGAGGGACCUGCCCCCCACCCUACUGGCUUUUGGAUUCUGGGAGGGGAACUCUGCCCCCUGCAAAUCUUGCGGCCCCUCCUGCCCAGGGCACCCCUCAAGGACUGCCCCCGAUAGCUCUACUGUUCCCUUGAAGGCGCCCCCCUCCCAGAUGCCCUGGCCCUAGGUCUGACGCCAGCCAGGAGGGUCAGAAGAAGGAUGAAGGGGAGAGCUGGGACAAGGCCUUGCCCCCUUCCUGCCAUCUCCCCAACCCACAGUCUCUCCACCUUUGCUUCUGAAUUCUUGUUUUUGAGCAAUAAACAGAAAAUCAUGACUUGUAA